UAGAAUAUACAAAUAAUAUAUAUAACAAUUAAUAUAUAAUAUAACUAACAUAACGCCCAAGUCAAAGAACUGUCGUUUCCAAACAGAAUGGCUUUACAAUAAAAAGUAUUCUUCUUGGGUAAAAUUAUGUUUUUCAAAGAUAGCAAGAUGUAAUUGGUGUCAAAAAAUAUUAAUAUUUCUAACAUAGGAGUAUCCGCAUUAAAUUCUCGUUGGUAAAAAGCAUAAAGAGCAUGCAAGAACACAUAAUGCAGCUGAUAUGUUCUUUACUGAUUUUACUACAGAAAUAUCUGGCAAUAACUGCUUUUGUUAACUUACAAGAACAUUUUCCUAAUUCAAAAAAUGUUUUAAAUGACAAACUGGCACAACCUACUAUAGAGGAUCUUCAAUCUCCAGCUCUGGUUACUAAGGCUGAAAUAAUAAGGAACUUGAAUGUUGUAAUGUCACAUUUUUCGUUAAGAUUGUGCUUAAAUUUAAAUGAAAUAUUUAAAUCUAUGUUCUCUGGUAGUACAAUAGCAUCAAAGUUUGCAUUAAGCAAAACAAAAUGUGGCUACCUCAUAAAUUUUGGUUUAGCACCAUACUUUCGAGAGCAACUUAUAUCUGCAAUCAGAGCAUCACUCAUCUUUGUUUUGUCAUAUGAUGAGAGUAUGAAUGUAAUCUUUAAAAAUGAACAAAUGGACUGUGGAGUUAGAUACUGGGGUUCAAAUUCUGGUGUUGUAAAAGCUAGAUAUAUUGAUUCUUAGUUCCUCAAACGCCUUAAUUCACAGAUUUUAUUUGACAAACUCAUUGAAGCAACAAAGAUCUUGGAAAACUAGCUUAAGUAUCAAUGGAUGGUCCUAAUGUUAAUCGGGAGGUUCUAAAAAUGUUAGAUAAACAUAGACAGGAAAAAUGAUAUUAUGGUAUAGUUAAUAUAGGCAGUUGCAGUUUGCACAUUGAUCAUGGUGCUCUACAGACAGCAAUAAAUUCCCAAAUGUGGGAGUUAAAAAAAAAUUUUGUGCAAUGUAUAAUCUUUUCAAAGAGUCACCAGCUAAAAUAGAUGAAUAUAUUAGAGUUUGGGAAACUGAUCUGCUUGCUUUGCCAUAAGUAUGCAUAUUUAAGCAGAAAAAAAAAUGAUAAUAAAUUAUCUUAUCUUUUAUAUUUAUAUAUAAGUUAAGGGCAUUUCAGCAUUUUAAUUUUUGGAUUUUAUUGUUUCACAGUUUCUACACAACUUGCUGUGUAGAAGAUGAAGGUGUGGCUUCUAGAGGCAUUAUUUUAUGGCCAAACAUGGUUAAAAUUAUAAAAUAUUGGGAAUCACUAUGCAAAAGCAGACGUCCUGAAAAUAAGAUCUAUGAAGUUCUGGUAGAUCAUCAUCUUCACAAUUUUGUACCUUUGCGAAUGCAGUUUUUUAAAGAACUUGCUAAAAAAUUGAAAGGAUUUUUAGUUCUAUUUCAAACAGACAGACCUGCGGUUGCAUUUUUACCUAACAGUUUAGAAAGCAUGUUGCGAAGUUAGAUGAAAAUGAUUCCCAAACCAAACAUUUUAAAUGAAGCUGCAAUUGCAUACAGUUUUAUAAAGAUUGAAGUUGGUAAAUCA